AUGUCGCUGGAAGAAUUCUCACGAGCGCGCAAGCACAAGCUUUCGCUGCUGCGCUCACUUCGUGUUGCCGAACAGACCAACUCGUCGCUUGGCUCGACAUCGGUGCAAGCCUCGAGGGCGAUCAAGCGACAUUUUCGCAACUACGAUCCGAUUACAGGUCAACUGAAACGCCUAACGUCGGCGCGCGAUCUACCUGAUACCGUUGAAAAACAUGUCGACGGUCUAGAACGCCAAACCAUCCAACAAGAUGAGCGUCAACGAAACGAACAGCUUGAUCUUACCAACAUCGCACCCAAACGCGCCAAUUGGGACCUGAAACGCGAUCUCGAGCGCAGAUUGAAAAAACUCGAACCCGCCGAUAGCCAAGCAACGAUACUCCUCAUUCGUCAACGCAUCCAGUCCCAGCAAACCGCUGCAGGCUUAGAUGCUAACACUCAGGACAGACACGAGAAUACCGUCACACGCCUCACUGCUGAAAUCGCUGCUACAGCUACAUCCGAUUUCAACCACACACUCCAUACCUCGAACGACGAAUCCUCGGACAACGACGAUUAG